GGUCUGCCUCGUCCGCUUCUCUCUCACCCUUCCUCCCCCUCCUCUCCCUCCCUCUCCGCCUCCCCCCCCCCCCCCCCCCCCCCCCCCCCCCCCCCCCCCCCCACCCCAAGCCCAAAUCACCGGGCCUCGCCCCACAGCACCGGUUGCGUGGGAGGAAGGAGGGGAGGCGGCUGUCGGGCGAGAUGAGCGACUCCUACUGCCCCGACUGCAAGAAGCAUACGGAGGUGGCGUUCGACCACUCGGCGGGGGACACGGUGUGCACCGAGUGCGGCCUCGUCCUCGAGGCGCACUCCGUCGACGAGACCUCCGAGUGGCGUACCUUCGCCAACGAGUCCAACGACAACGACCCCGUCCGCGUCGGCGGCCCCUCCAACCCGCUCCUCACCGACGGCGGCCUCUCCACCGUCAUCGCCAAGCCCAACGGCGCCCAGGGCGACUUCCUCUCCUCCUCCCUCGGCAGGUGGCAGAACCGCGGCUCCAACCCCGACCGAUCCCUCAUCCUCGCCUUCCGCACCAUCGCCAACAUGGCUGACAGGCUAGGUCUUGUGGCUACUAUUAAGGACCGAGCAAAUGAAAUCUUCAAGAAAAUUGAAGAUCUCAAGUCUAUUAGGGGAAGAAAUCAAGAUGCCAUAUUAGCCGCAUGUCUAUAUAUUGCUUGUAGACAAGAAGAUCGCCCUAGAACUGUGAAAGAAAUAUGUUCGGUUGCUAAUGGGGCCACGAAAAAAGAAAUUGGCAGAGCCAAAGAAUUUAUAGUGAAACAACUGGAAGUUGAGAUGGGGCAAUCUAUGGAGAUGGGAACCAUUCAUGCUGGAGAUUUUCUGAGGCGUUUCUGUUCAACUCUUGGAAUGACCAAUCAAGCUGUUAACGCAGCCAAGGAGGCAGUUCAGCGCUCAGAGGAGCUUGAUAUAAGGAGGAGCCCAAUCUCAAUUGCAGCCGCCGUCAUUUACAUGAUAACCCAACUCUCAGAGGACAAGAAGCCACUUAAAGAUAUAUCCUUGGCUACUGGUGUGGCAGAAGGCACCAUCAGAAAUUCGUACAAGGAUCUGUAUCCCUACGCCUCAAGGCUCAUCCCGAAUACCUACGCCAAGGAAGAAGACCUGAAGAAUCUCUGCACACCUUAGGAAGCUUUACUUUUUUUCCCUUCUGUUAUAUAAAUCGGAAUUAGAUUUGUCAAAGAGGAGUGAGUGAAGUUGUUCCUGUUGUGACCGACUGUACUGAGCAAUGUGUCGUCGCCGGCGCGCUUAACUUUGUGGAUGGACCAAUGAGAACAUAAGUUGUCAUCAUCAGAUCGAAUUUCUUUUCAGAGCACCUGCCACCUGAAGAUUUUUUUGGGAU